GUGGGCUUUUUCUUUUUUUAAUCUGUGUGGGGAGCUUUUUUUUUGGCGGGGAGGUUGGGGAGUCGGAGGAGACCACUAAACAUCUUAACAUUUUGGAAAGGUUAUUCCGCAAAAUAUUUUUUCUGACAGUUGGGAAUGCUCAAGGGCCACUGGGAUGACGCGCUCUCGCCGGUGUGGACAGCUGAGAGUUGAAUGUCCGUGGCCCUCUUAGAGUUGGGGUCCGGAAAAUACCUAAAGGCAGACUUGGCCCUUGAGUGUCCCCGCCCCGGGUUAGGGGCUCCAGGCCGUCGGGCGAGUCGGGGGCGCCGCGCUCGGCCCCUGCGUGGAUUUUCCGCAUGAAGUUGCCUGCGCGUCACGAGAGCGAAAUGUCAGAGGUACCUUCCCCAGGCUCGCGCGCGCAUCAGGGCGGCCACGGAGGGACAGCGGGGAUCCCUGUGUCCCCCAGCCCACGCACACCCCCGGGGCGGCCACCGUGGGGGAGGCAGGGGUUUCCCUGCAGAGCGCAGGUCCUGCACCUUGACCGUCAGAGCUGUCAGCUGCGGACGGCUGAUCCCGCUCAACUUCCCAGGAGCCGUCAACCGCAGGAAAGCGCCCGUGUAGCCGAGCAGUUCUGUAGCGAGGGAGGAUGAUUUUGCAGAAGAAAUGGGUUAUUUCCUUCUGGAUUUUUUCCUUUUUUAAAAAAACUAAACCCCCAGCGUCCGCCAGCAGACAGGUGAUAGAAGUUUUAGGUGGCACGUAAAAUGUCACCAAACACGGGGGGGCGUCAGUCUUAGAGAAAGCUCCUCGGAGCCAACCGGGGAAGAGCAGUUACAAUUUGUCAACCUGGAAGCUGGUUUUGUUUGCACAGUUAGACACUCCAUGCCAGCUCUUUCUCGAAGGAGAUGGUUUCUACCCCGGGAAUGAGAUUUCUCAGUAAUCUUAGUGUUUUGCAAAUCAUAGUAAGAUGAGUGUCUUGUUUGCAAAAAAAUACCAAGUGCUUAUGCUGAAAUCUCUAAAUGGUGCACCUCCUCAGGCCCCAAGCAUCAUUACGUGGCAUUUUUGGGGUCAAGAAUACAUCCUGCCUGGUGGAUAUGGGAAUACCUCUUCUCAUAAUUAAGGGAAGGGUGGCCAAGAUAGAGAGUUACACUAUGUAAAUAAACAAUGCAGCCAAGUGGAAAGCUCCUUCUCUCUUAAUGAGUACCACUAACCCUGAGUUUUCCUCCUGUGGUUUCCAAAAGAGGACUUUCCUCAGUGGAACUCCCAAGGAGGACACAAAUUAGGGGCUCAGGUUUUGACGUCAUGAUCUUGGAAAAUGGGGGAAUCGGUUGUACUCAAUGAUCCAAAGCUGCUGAAGCAGCCCUCCAAGUUAGGUUUGGGAUUUUUUUUUUUUAAAUAGAGAAUUCAAAUGAACUUCACCUAAAUACAGACUGGUUUUGACAACGGGGGCCCGGAAACAACUUGUGGAAAGCUAUUCUCCAGGCUAUGCCUUUAAGAAGAAUGGACAUUGGCAGUGCGUUUUCCAAGGCUUUGCUCACAUCGGCAGCCAUCACCGUUUCCAUCCAAAGCCUGCAUUUUGAAUUUGCUCUGAACUGACCCUGGAGUAACACCUCGAUGGUCUAUAAUAAUCCAAAUUUGCAUUCUUCAUGCCCCUGAGGCAAAGCUUUUCUCCACAAAUCAAAUCACAGUGAAAUUCCCAGGUAUAGCAGAUUUCCAAGCCUGGGCAGAUUACUCAUUUAUUUAAGGUUAAAACAACCAGAUGCUCACAGGGAAUACUCCAAACUCCCCAGCAUACUUUGUCAUUAUACUUCCUUUGGAAGAACCUGAGGGUGAAGGCAAGAUGACCGCCAGGGACCCCCGUUCAGAAUCAUAGAAUUUUACAGUUGGAAGAGACCCUCAAGGCCACAGUGUUUAACCCUUGCUUUUACAGAUGAUGAAAUUUAGGGAUUAAGUGAUUUCCCCAAGAUUGUACAGGCAGUUAAUGGUAAACAGAAAUUCAACAGGUAAUGCCCGAGGGCCUCAAGGAGACAAACCCACAAGCCUAGUGUCAAAGGACUCCACCAGCAUGGAGAAAGCUCACAGGGUAACCCAGAGCAAGGCAGAGGCAAAGGCUGUCACGGAAUCAGAGAGUCACAGGGCAGGAAGAGAUCUGAGAUCAUCUGAGUCUAGUUCAACGCCCUGUUUGCCUGUUGGUGACACAAUCAAGGAGCAGAGUGCUUUGCCCAAGGCCAAAGGGUCGCUCAACUUGCCUCACCAGUUAGAUCCCACACAGUAAACGAACAUAUCUUCCCAUCAGAUAAAUGCCAUAAAACCAAAGCAGGCAUUCUGGGAUUCAUAGAGGCUUCUAAGUAACAGUUCAGAAUUCAGGCCUUAGUUUCCUGCUUUGUCUGUGGAGGCUGAGAGUUUGUUAAGCCAGGCGGCCUGCUGAGUGAAUGGAAGAAAGGAAAGGACAGGGUCCAGGAAAGCAUUUCUUCUGCAUCUGGGGACUUCCUCAGUUGAUGGCUGGGUUUUGUACAGAUAGAGCAGUGUGGUGCUUCAGGAGCAGCCCGGGCCUCAUACUUGGUUUAGUAAACUUUUAUUGAGCACAUACUGUGUGCCAAAACGCUGCCAGGCACUGGGUCUGAGAAGAGCGGCUGACUGCCCCGGAGGGGCCUGCCCUGUAGGCUCUUAAUGCAAAAUGCAGAAGUUAUCAUCGGGAGGGUUUAGAAACCAGGUUAUUCUAUUCUUAUUCUAUAUUGUGGUCUUAUCUUCAAAGCUAAAUAGAAUAGGACAGAAGAUGCGUCAGGAUGAGAAAGGCAUAAACUUUGGAGUCGGAGUGGCUUCUGAGGUGUCAUCUUUCCUGUAUGAUGUUCCCAGUAAUCAUAAUAAGAAAGCUUCUGGCCUCCAAAAACCUGAGAAGGCAGGUGAAAGUUAUAUUUGGAUCUUAGCUUCCAGAGAGCGGCACAGAUGUAAGGCAAAGUUUAAAAAAACAAACAAAAGAUUUGAACACCCAGAGGUGGCUCAGAAAAUAAAGUAGAGCAACCAAAAAUCUGCCAUCUUCUAACCAGCUGUCUUUGCGAGAACCAUCCAGCUUUUGCACUUUCCUCGGAGCUCCCAGGUUUCCUUGGGCGGCCAGGUUUGGCCUGAGGGAUCAUGAUUAAUAGGACUCAGUGCUAAAUACGAAAGUGUCAGCUGUUAAAGUUGGAUGGAGCCUUCAAGAUUCUCGAGUCCAACCUCCUCAUUUGACUAAUGAGGAGCUCAGGCCCAGAGAGGUGCAGUGACUUCCUCAAGGUCACACAGUUAAAUGGGGAAACAGCUCACAGACCUCUUUACAUACGGAGGUCAAGAGUGUUUUUAUCCUUGAAGGAAACCGUCUCCUCACUAUAUAUAAAACACUCCCCUCCCUGGCCUUUUAGAUGCUGUCCUGUAGGCUGAUACAGCAGGGCCCUGGGAGGCAGGAGGUUUGAUUCUGGACCGUUUCGGUCACGUCCCUUUACCUCUCUGGGGCUCAGUUUCGCCGUUUUGGAAAAUGAGUAGCAUUUUACAGUGAGAUGGACGGAGUGAGCUCCAGAUCCCCUUUCAGCUUUAACAUUCUGUGAUUCUGACUUCACUCCGGGGGUGCCGGUUGAUGCUAAUGCUGCUCAUUCUGCACAUCCACACCACUGAUCCUAACGGGCAAAGAGAGAGUCAGAUGGGUGCCCAUCACCAGAACAGAAAGGCUGGCCUGACCCAGAGCCUUCUGAGCACGGGGAGGUCAUUCCAUCUUCAUACAAGAGCAGCAGUCUAGUCCCGCUCAUCUCAACGCAGUCCAGCAAAAGAUGCUGUCUCUUGACCCUGCAGUGAUUGUAGGCUAGAGAAAGACUCAGAUUGUCUCUUUGGGGCUUUAUCAAUUUUAUCCCAAUACGUUUUUAUUCAGAUGGGUCCUGAGCCCUCUAUUAAGACUCUAAGACCUUAGGGGUACCCUUCUGGGUUAGAACCAUUGCCAACAUGGCCUCGGACUUAGUAGCCACUUGGUCCUGAAUGCUUGUCAGAAAUGUGCCAAAUCCUGGAGGGAUGUGGCUGAAUGGUUUUAAAAUAGGAUGCAUUUCAGUCUUAAGGUUCCUUCUCAUUAACAAAGAUUUAAGUCCAUUGAGGCAGAAACCAUCUCUGUCUUUUUGCUGUAGUAUCAUCCCAGUACCUAGCAUAGGGCCUGGCUCCUAGUAGGCACAUUGUUGAAAACAUAAAUAAAAGCUGUGCGCAAGGUACUGGGGGGUGGGGUGAGGCGGGGAUACAGGCCUCAGAUUUUGUUUUCCAUGAGCUUAUAAUUUAAUUGAGCAAAUAUAAUAAAUGCAUAAAAGUAAACAAUACCCCCUUAUUAAAUGGCACCUGUCACAUGAAGAGAGGCCCUUUGGUGGAGUCAGUGGAGGAGGCAUUAUGGAGGAAGGAGGAUUUGAUGGACCGAGGCCUUACAGGUGCCAGCUGUGGGUAGAGGGUGGGGAGCCAUCCAGCCGGGAGAAAGGGCACGGCCACAGGCAAGGUGGUUAGAGACUGGAGGCCAAAGAGGAGUCCAUUUUGGCCACGGCAGGUGACUCAGGUCUUAGAACAGGAAGGAAUAAGGCUACAAAGAUAAGUUGGGGUCCACUUAUGAAGGACACUGAAAGUCAGGCUAAUCAGUGGAUUUUAUCCUUCAGAAAGAGGAAAGAGAAAAAUGUCCUGACAAUGCAGCAUUUCAACAAGAUUAUCCUACUGGACCCCUGGAGCCAGUUAAGAGGCUACUAAAGGAGUUGUGGGCUUCCUAAGGAACAAUGCCAACUAAUGGCCUGGGAGGGGGACGAAAUGGAAGAGGUGAAGGCCAAGGACCUGAGCUGUGGGCUCACCACCUCCACUUCCCCUCCCUCCUUCCUACACCCCCUCCCUAGGUAGAAACACGAUUCUAAAGCCAACAUCGGGAAGGUUUUUGUGUUUUUUUGGUCUUCUAAAUCUUAAGCUUACUGUUGUUGCUCAUCUGGGGAGUGAAUUUUGAAAGUCCAAUGAAGGAGGGGUGUUGUGAAAACCUCAUUUGCUGGAGGGCUCCGGGCUCCCAUCUUCAAUCAAUUGCUUUCGAUGGUGGGGAACACCAAGGACACCCUGCUCUCUAGCUGCUCAGCCCACAUCUUGAGCUAUGUAACUGUCCUUCCCACCUUUUCCCUUUGCCUCUCAGGAAUGACACAGACCCACAAAGGCCUUUGCUGCAGAGAGCAUAAGCUUCUUACAGCAUCUUAUGCCCUAUUUUACUCAACCAUAUAUUUAACAGUAAUAGGGUAAAAAGUGAGUAUAUAGUCCUUUCAAAAUACUAGGGUAUUGUGGGAAUGGUGCUAUCAACAGGAUGAACAAUAUUAAUUUAGGUCAGAUUUGCUGCUUUUUAAGAUUUUUAGAGUAAAUUCAAAAUAUUAGAUCCUAAUACCAGAAACUGGCAAGUCUACUGGAUAGAUGAGGUUGUGUCCUGUUAUUUUUCAAUUCCCCUCCAUUAUCAAUAAAACCUGCCUUAGUCCUUGAACAUGACAACUUAUGGCUGGAAAAAGGAUACACACACAUCCUGAAAAUUCACCCGUAUGCAACUGUAUGAUUGUAGGGAAUUCUUAAACUCAAGGUGAGUUGCCAUUAAGAGCUCUAAGACCAUGGGCUCAUUUAAUAUUAUAGAUACUAAUUUUUAGUUGGGCUAAAAACACAUACACAUCACUGUUUCAAUGUGUAUGUAAUUGCAGAGGCUUUGAAAAUGACAGUGUUGACGUGCGGGAGCCCAACGCUGAAGACUUAGGUUAAAGUCCCCUCCCUCCAGGCAUUAAAUAUAGUGUUUCCUCUUCAUUAAUGGCGACACUGCACAGGUCUGCUUGUUCCAAUGUUUGCUGCAGUUUGAACAAAAAAGCAUAGUGAGGUUGGGGUAACUUGGUUACAUUCACUGGCUGCCCAGCCCCCACAAGUCGGUAGUGCCUUAUUUGAACGCUGUAUUCUAGAGUACUUGUUGUGUGCACAGAAAUUCAAUUGCUGAUAACACCCAGUGGUGAUCAACUUUGAGGAACUUAUUCAUGCUAAACAAACUCCCAGAAGACAAGCCCCACAUUUUGAUUUAUAGUCACAUUCUGUCCACCUAGGCCCAUUCACAUGGGACACUAGAUCAUAAUCAGAAUGCUGUUGAGUGGGAAGUGCGAUCAAGGAGAGGUACCUGAAUGACAUGAAUAGUCAGGGGCCUCGGGCAGAGGGAGUCAUAAGCACUUAUCUCGUGGAAAGUGCUAGAUGUACUGUCAACGUUUGCCUCUUUGCCUCCUUUUUUCUAGGCUUCAUUUCUGAUCAACAUUCCUUACGGUCAGUUCGAUCUUCCUUUACCUACCUUGUCUUCAAGUUCAAGGGCAGCAUCAGUACUUGGUCUGAUGGCCAUUCUGUGGCCUUCAGAUUGCCUCUACAUAUUCUGUUCUGAUUCCUUAUGUUUGUCUGUUUUUCCCAUUUAAUUGUCACAGCUGGGAAGGUUUACUUCCAGAUUCUUUGGGGGCUCCAUAUACAACACAAAGAUUUUUUUAUAUAUACAUUAUUUUCCAAAGAUUUUCUACUAACUGCACAUGAUUUAAAUAUUCAUCAACCUAAGAGAUGUGAUUAAGAAUGACCCAGAGGGAAUCACAGCUUUGUUCCAGAGCCAAUGUUUAUACUCAAGUGCCUGAUGGAGGAUGGGGCUGGGUAGUGGCUGUUUCUUUUUUCUUCGUGGAAGUCUUCACUUAUGGAAUCAUCAAGUCAUUUGGGGUCUUCUUUAAUGACCUCAUGAACAGUUUUGAUGAAUCUAACAGCAGGAUCUCAUGGAUAGUAUCAAUAUGUGUGUUUGUCUUAACGUUUACAGCUCCCCUCUCCACCGUCCUGAGCGCCCGUUUUGGACACCGCCUGGUGGUGAUGGCGGGAGGGCUGCUUGUGAGCACGGGAAUGGUGGCGGCCUCCUUUGCUCAGCAGGUCUACCACAUGUACAUUGCGCUGGGCCUCAUCUCUGGUUUGGGAUACUGCUUUAGUUUUCUCCCAACUGUCACCAUCCUUUCCCAAUACUUUGACAAAAGACGCUCCGUGGUCACGGCCGUUGCUUCGACGGGAGAAUGUUUCGCCAUGUUUGGCUUCGCACCAGCAAUCACAGCUCUGAAGGAGAACAUUGGCUGGAGAUUCAGUCUCCUCUUCGUGGGCCUACUACAGUUAAACAUCGUCGUCUGCGGGGCGCUGCUAAGACCAAUUAUUAUCAGAGGACCAGACUCACUGAAAAUAACCGCCCACGAAAAUCGGAAAGAAGUGCAAUAUAUGCUUGAAAAUGAGAAAACACGCACCUCAAUAGAUUCCAUUGACUCAGGAGUGGAACUAACUACCUCACCUAAAAAUGUGCCUAGUCACGCUGCCAUGGAGCUGGAGCCAAAGGCUGACAUGCAGCACAUCUUGAUGAAAACCGGUUCCAAGCAAAGCGAGAAGAAAACCCCAUUACUGGACUUCUCCGUCUUGAAGGAGAGAAGUUUCAUUUGUUAUGCAUUAUUUGGUCUCUUUGCAACACUGGGAUUCUUUGCACCUUCCUUGUACAUCAUCCCCUUGGGCAUUAGUCUGGGCAUUGACCAGGACCGAGCUGCUUUUUUAUUAUCUACAAUGGCAAUUGCUGAAGUUUUUGGAAGAAUUGGAGCUGGUUUUGUCCUGAACAGAGAGCCCAUUCGUAAAAUCUACCUUGAGCUCAUCUGCGUCGUCUUAUUGACUGUGUCUCUGUUUGCCUUUACUUUUGCUACUGGGUUCUGGGGUCUGAUGUCCUGUAGCAUAUUUUUUGGUUUCAUGGUUGGAACGGUCGGAGGGACCCACAUUCCGCUGCUCGCUGAAGAUGACGUCGUCGGCAUCGAGAAGAUGUCUUCUGCAGCCGGAGUGUACGUCUUCAUUCAGAGCAUAGCAGGACUGGCCGGCCCACCCCUUGCAGGUCUGCUGGUGGACCAGAGUAAGAUAUACAGCAGAGCCUUCUACUCCUGCGCAGCUGGGAUGUUCCUGGCCGCCGUGUGCCUCGCACUGGUGAGACCCUGUAAAAAGGGACUGUGCCCGCGUCAUCAAGGAGGGAAAGCAAAGGCAGAGAGUCGUCGUGGGAAGGUUUUACAAGACAUACCCGAAGACUUUCUCGAAAUGGACCUUGGGAAAAAUGAGCAUAAAGUUCACAUGAAAAUGGAGCCAGUAUGACCCACUUUCGUGUAACAUCAGCCAUCGCGUUGGCUGGGGAGGGGGAUGGGGGGGACACAGGGAGGCAGAGGAGCUGACGACUCUACCCACUUUCAAAACUACAUUUUAAAGGGAAUGUACACGGAACACCAC